GAAGAAAUUAGGAGCAUUUACCUUCAACUGCAAAUUGUUCCCUUAUGUGACAUGGCGUCUGAUAGGAAAGUCAGUUCUUGAACGGGUACAGUCGUUAAUAUUGUUUUUAUGACAUCAUUUGAUGAAGCGGCUUAUUCGAAAAGCCACAAACAUUUUCUAGAGACUUGCAUUGAUGGUAAUGCAUGCAAGGAAAACGCAGCGGAUGAACGAUGGGUACUUCGAGAAGCACCAAGCCCAUCCCUAUCAGAGCUCGAAGUAUAGUUCAUCAAAGAGUUAUGGAUCCAGUAGUGAUAGGUAUGAUAGGAUUAGGGACUCCCCAAAUGGAAACUACCGUUCAGAUAGUCCAGACUCCCAGUCGCCUCGGGACAGAGAAAGAUCUUACCAAUCUAAGAGCUCCUAUCUACAGAAAAUGCGUGAAAAGGAGAGAGAAAAUAGAGACUACAAAAUGUCACGAGACAAGUAUUCAGGUACAGUAUGGAUUAUCCAAUUGAAAGACUGUUUUCCAACUUGUUAUGUUACAGAAUGUGUCAGGUCACCAAAGGAUAAACGCAGUAGAGAUUCUGAACAUAGAAUCAACAAUGACCGAAGUGAUGACAAGGGCAUCUUGCAUCCAAUAAAAGUAUCACAGAACUUGUCUUCAAGAGACAGAAAACCCAUGCACAACAAUUGUGUUGAUAAGAGAGACGACAGGGAGAGGGUGAGCAGAGUAGGUGAUUGGUCGGAACAUGUUAGCUCACACGGCAAGAAGUAUUAUUACAACUGUAAGACAGAAGUGUCCCAGUGGGAGAAGCCCAGAGAAUGGAUCGAACGAGAGCGAGACAGAUUCAGGAGCAGGGACAGGGACCGGGACCGUGAUUCGGACCGGUACAGCGGAUCCAGCCGCUCGGGUAUGCGACAUGAGAAACAUUCCAACUCGAGGGGAUCUAAUAGCAGCAGUAGCAAGGAAGGUGGCGCCCGAGAGAGCGCCACCGCCAGCAGGCACUGGAGCAGCAGUAGCAGUCGUGAUGAUAGCGACGUACCCCCAACCAAGGACGGUGUUAGCAGAGGCGGCGGAAGCAGUAGUUCCCGCAAGCAUCUACCCGACGAGAACAAUGCCCAAUCCACCCAGGAUAUGGACAUAUCGCCUGGCGACAGCACGCCAACUUCUGAGGUUUCAUAUGGCAACAACGCGAGCCAAUCGGCCAGCGAACAGCAGCCGGUCACUGUAGGUCCGGUGUUGCUGGCAAAUGCGCUGCCACGCCUCAUAUCCCACCCGCUGCCGUCUAAAAACGAGGCGUCGCCCCAAACGACGCCCCAGCUGGCGCCGGUGACCACGUGCAACGCACCGGGUCCACCACCGCCCGGUGCGCUCCCGCGUCUCAUGUCGCAACCCGGCCAGGAUGCGACUGCCCAGUCGGCGGGCGCGGGUUCCGGAGCCUCCUCUGGCUCCAUAGACGACAAGAACUUGCUACACGGCCUAUCUAGGCCUGGGGACAACAGUGCAGUGCAUACUUGUCUCAGUGUGGACACUAAUCAUACGGGAAUUGUGGUGGAAGGACCGCCAACUCCGACACAUUCAGAGACUCCAGACUGUGCAAAAGUAGUAGCCGUACCUGUAAGCAGUCCGGCGGGGACGGCGCCUGCGGGCGUUGUGGUCGCGUCUGCCUCCUCCCUGCCCGCCUCCACGUUAUCCGGCGUGAUGGCGGGCGCGUUGCAGGCGCUGCGACCGCAGGGCCCCACCAUCACGCCGACACUGGCCAACCAUUACCGCGACGACCUGGUGAACCACGUACGCGGCUGGCCGGCCGAAGUGAUCGAGAAGCAGGCGCAAAAGUUGGCCGAGGAGGCGCACAUCAUGGGCAGCAUCCAGUGUUCUAAGGUGUCGGCCGACCUCAAGACCGCCCGGUCUAUUGUGCGUCUUACCGAGAUCCAGGCCACCUUACAGGAACAGAGGUUAGAGAUGCUGCAGUUUUCGCGUAUUGUGAUUGAAAUAAACUGGAUGCUAUUUUGUAUAGAAAACCACGUUAAGUGUCCAGAUUUGAACUAUUUAAAAGAAGGUUUGCAGUAUUUCGAAAAUCUAAAUAAAUAUCCCCAGAGAAUAUUAUUUUUACGCCAGCAAAUAAAACAACUGGAAGAAUUGAAGUCACAAAAUUCAUUCAUGUCCGACGACUCUUAGUGGUUGCGUAUAUCACAAGAUUUUGUGUUGACGGCUAAAAAAAGUUUCAAUCACGUUCGUUUUCGCGUUUAAUUUAAAUUAAUUAAUUUAUGUAUUAUUAUUAUUUUUUUGAGCCCGUGUAUAUUUAUAUUUUCCGUUUCUUCUCCCAAUCUACUUUUUCUCCUUCUACAGUCUAUUCGAGGAGCGACGUUUUCGCUGCCUUAUUGGCUACGCCUCGUAAAUUUAAUAUUUUUUACAAAACGGCAUUGUAUUUUCGCUGUGCUCAAGUCGUAUAUUGCCAACCCUCCCCCCUAGCCGUUUUUUUAUUUUAUCGCCAAUUUCGACGACGGUGUUUAGGGCGCGAAAUUAUGAUGGAAAGGCCAUUCAUAGAAUUACUAAAGACUACUAUCUCUCUUAGGUAGAAUUAUGUGACUUUGUAUUAUAAUGGUUUUAUGUUUUAGAUUUAGAUAAAUUAAUAUAACAUAAAAUAGACAUAGUUUUUUUCUAUUGACUGUGUAUAUUUUCAUUUGUUCUUUUAUUUGUAUUUAUCAAAAGCGACUCUUUCGUUUCUCGUAGCUACCGAUUAAUUAAUUGAUGUCAUUUUCGGUUGUGUACCGUAGUGUUUUUUCCAAGUUUGCCCUCCGGUAGAUUCAUUUUUAAGGCGCACAGUAGUUUUGUACAUACUUUGGUAAUUUUCUGCACUAUCGGGCCUCUAAAAUUUCAUACAUGGUUGUUUAUAUUUUAAAGGCCCGAUAUGGUUUAAUAUUUUCAAUGGGGGCAUCUAAAUAAGAUCUCAUUUGUAACUAAAAUUCAAAUUUAGGAAAUGUCCUGACUCAUUAAAAGUGUCUUUAACGGAGGUCUUGAACAAUUAUUUUGAAUUGUACGAAACGGAGGAAAUCUAAUUUAUCUAUCUAAUCAUUGUAAUUGUUAAGAUUAUGUGUAAAUUAAAAAGUUAAUUUUAUCACCCCGUAUAAUUGUAAUUAUUUUAAAAUGUGAAAUAUAUUUUUUUUCUAUAUAUAUUUUUGUAUUAUUUUUUAUUGUGGGGCCGCUCUUUACUGUGGAUUUUUAAUUUAUUGAAUGGCACCAUUGUAUGACCGCUAUUUUUGUACAAUUAUGCUAUUAGUCAAGUCUACAAGAUUGAAAUAAUCACUUCUCGUAUUUACAUUGAGAAAAUGUGUGUAUCAUCAGUAGUUGGAGAAAAUACGUAGUGAAUUUCCAUCAAAUGAAAAUAUACACGCAUUUUUCUGACCAAGUCAGUCAAGUCUGUGUGAUGUGAGUUUGUUGAUCCCCAAAUUUGCACCGAAUGCUAAUUUAAUCACCUGCAAUGAAUCGGACCCAAUAUUGUAUUUGAAAAAAUCAUUGUCUCAGCUUUGAUUUUUGUUCUUUCAUCAAACCAAUACGGAUCAACAAAUUACGUAUCAUGCACAAGUGCAAAAAUAUUUUUCCAAAUAACUAGGAAGCUACAAAAUAUCUUGUGAUAUAAUAAACACUGUUACUGUUCUGUUGCGUAUUAGUGUAACUAUUUUUUAAUUGAAUUGAAUUGAUGUUGAUUGAAAAUGGUUCGCAUCGUAGGUGCAAGCAUUUCCAAUUAAUGAUCGCUGAAUUUUAUAUGAUUGCUUUAUUUACAUUUUUGUAAUUUAUUAUUUAGUUAAUGAAAAAAAAGUACAAGUCUCAUAAAUUGAAUAAAAUUCUUGAUCAGUCAGUUUCUUUUAGCAGAUAGAAGCCGGAUGUAAUAAAAACGCAAAAACGAUUCCAGACAUUUUUCAAAAAAAUUUUCGUCAGUCCUCUAGUAAUUAAGAAACGGGUGGGCAUUUUAGUUUUAGACUGUCAUUUUAGAUGAAUCGGGAGUCUGUUGUUUAUUAAUUAAAAACCUACAAUUAUGGAUCGUUUCUGCUGAUGCUUGUAGUAAAUUAAUUAUACCCCUGGACCAAGUCUUGCAAUUUAUAAGAUUGUAAACGGAUCACUAAAAGAAAUUUUCUGGUUUUUAAAUUGAUUUACAAAAAAAAUAUUAAUUGUAUUUUUCACCGAUUUCAAGCCUCUUUAGCACAGAUUAAUUAUGGCUGAGGAUACUUUGUAUAGUUGUCUACAUGUAUUUGAGUGUAUGUCUGUUAUAUAUAAUCUUAUAAAAUGAAAUGUUCCAUACAAGUAACAUUAAAACUUUUUAAUCUA